AUGGGUUGGUUUUGGGGCAACCCGGUUGAGAGUGAUCCCACCAAGAACCUUGACCCCUCUCUAAAAGACUUCCUGAAGCAAGAAACUCCUUCAGGAUAUAACCCUACGACCGUCCAACCCCAAGAAGAAAAGAAACAAAGCUACCCCCAACCUGCGGUCGCCAAUGAAUGCACCACGCCUUCUGAUAAACCAUCCGUUCCAUCCGCUUCUCUUUUCCCCGAUGGCCGCUAUGCACACCUCUGGAAGGACUAUAAAUCCGUUGAGAUACUGGAGGGAUCCAGUGUGUCACCAGCGGAAAGGGUAAUUGAUCAAUCCAAGAAGCGGAAAGAGGCUUUGAACGUGGCGGCGCUGGAGAAUUGCGCGGAAGAACAGUUGGAUUUGUCAAUGUGUUUCAAAUCGGGGACAGUAAAAGAACGAGCAACCAUGUGCAGUGAGAAGAAUUCCAAAUUCUCAAGAUGUUAUAUAAUGCAGAUUAAAUUCCUUCAAGCCCUAGGGUAUGCGUCUUCUUUCGAAUUUGAUUCGGAUAAAGAAGAACGUAUCCAGUUGCACGCGGAUAAACUAUUUCACCAGAUGCUAGACUAUGAACAGCGCAUGAAGGAAGCCAAAUCUGCUGGCCUGGAACCGCCACCACCGCAAUCCCUCUUCAAACCAAAUGUCCAAUCUAUAUCUCAAUCUGCAGACACUAACUCCAAUGCAACAAAUUCAACACCGGAAGAUGCCUCCAAGUCAACUAACUCAGAUCUUGAAAUCCCGGGUGGCGAGAAGAUCCCCGGCAACACUAAAUUCUCAAAGCCACUCAAAGAUAUGACACCGCAUGAAAGGGAGCUUGAGUUGCAGGUAUUACAUCAAGAGCGGGCUCAGCAGGGGGUGUAUAUGCAAGAGGUUGGGGGAGUGCUGAAGGCUGAGAAUGCAGCCCGUGAUAAGCGGCGAGAGAAGCUUAGUGGGUGGUUUGGCGACACAAUUGCAAAAUAUCUUGCUUGA